AUGCGAUUACUACCACCUAUAUCAUGGCUGUCGUUGGCCUGUCUGGUUUUGACGCCGCAAGUGUUAGCAGUGCCCGCGGUUAAAGUAGGCAUGAAAGCUGCCUUCGACACUGCGCCGGAGACUGCCGCAGGAGAGAAUGAAUCUUCAUAUUUCCCGCUUCUGGAUCGCAUCGGGAAUGGCUACUUCGCGACGGCCACAUCGGAUUCGGAACUGUUUCGCCGAUUUCUCGAGGUACUUCACCAUGAUGGGCAUAUCACCGACCCCGAUGCCUUGUCCACAUUUAAAUUGGCGCUCUCCCUGCGAUCCGCUGCUCCCAGGAUUGAGUCACACUAUCAACAUUACACUACCGCUAUUGAGCCCCUGGAGGGGCUGCAAGAGUGUGAUAUGUGGGUUUUGGUCAAUGGCAAGCAAUACUGCACACCUGAUUUAGACGAAGCGGUGGCGAAUCAGUUACUCUCCGCAGCCGUUAAAUCGCUGCCUUUCGACCGAGCCCUUGGGAGAGGGACGACGGCUGUAUUAUAUGCAGAUCCUACUUCUGAAGGUUUUCCAGAUUAUCACCGAACACUGUCAAAAGCGGCACGUGUUUCGAAUUUAACUUAUCAUCUUCGAUACCGACGCAGCAAAUCCCACAUUGGUCGACCGUUGCCAAUCAGCGGCUACGGAGUAGAACUAGCAUUGAAGAAGACGGAUUACAUCGUGAUUGAUGACAGACGCUCCAGCCAAAGCAUAGAACAGAAAUCGUUGGAGCAGGAAGAGAUUCUCGAUGGAAAAGAAAACAUGUCUGACUUGACAGCCCUUUCCAAGUCCGAGCUCGCUUCCAUUGGAAUGAAAGCUGCCUCGUUUAUCCAGAAGAGCAACGAGCCUUUUGACACACUCGUGAAAUUCACCCAGGACUUCCCAAAAUUCGCAUCUUCUAUAUCCUCUCAUAAUGUUUCACAUACUUUCACAGAAGAAUACAAGCAUAAUCAAGCGCAGAUGGUACGAGGUGGCAUCAACUUCCUCUGGAUGAAUGGAGCUCAGUUGAUUGAACGGCAAAUUCAACCCUUUACGCUUGUCAACAUGUUGCGAAGAGAGAGGAGGCUUGUCGAUGGCAUCCGAGGUCUGGGAUUUGAUGGGAAUCAGGCAGUCCGACUUCUUGGUCACGAGGCCGUGUCCGCAGCCAACGAAAAUAGUGAACCACUGCGCUAUGACUGGACAGACAGGUUGGAGGCCGGACAAGUUAUACUGUGGCUUAACGAUUUGGAAAACGAUGACAGAUAUAGUUCAUAUCCCAAGACUUUAUCAUCGCUGCUCCAACGUACCUUCCCAGGCCAAAUCCCCCCGAUUGGCCGAAACAUCUUCAACUUGAUCAUUCCCGCCGACUUGUCUAAUAUUGAAGACCUGAAAUUUAUUGCUGAAGUACAUUCUAUCCUUGAUCGAGGCAUCCCGAUUCGAUUUGGUCUGGUACCACUGCAGUCGUCUCAUGAAGCCAAAAUUCAAGCCAAAAUUGCCUACUUCCUAGCAAAAAGCUAUGGCCUCGAGUGCGUUUCCUCAUAUGUCACAGGGCUUACUAAGGCUCAGCCGAACGGAGCCAAUCCCGAAAGCUUAUUAUCGGCGGUUACUGCCAACUAUCCUCUUUUGCCUGAAGGCGAGGAUAUGACACUGUCCACUAUAUUGGAAACCAACGAGUUCACUGAGAAGCUAAGUAUGGCUAAAAGAUGGUCCAACAGAUUGAAAGCCGACACAGCUGUCCGCCCUUUGUUUAUUAAUGGCGCUGCGGUUCAUCGUGACCAGAAUUGGAUGCAAUCAAUUAGUCUGACGGUUGGAGCCGACCUCCAAACCGUCCAAAAAGGCGUUUAUCAUGGUGCCUUAGACGAUCAUACCUGGAUUCCUGGGAUUUUCAUAGAUGGAGCAGCCACACGACGCAAUAUUUACAUUUCAGGGAAGGAUGAAAAGACCUUGCGCAUGCUCAAUAUUGCCAAAAUAUAUGAUGAGAGCGCAGCCCAACUUGAUGCACUCCCAGUCAUCGAAUCUUCUACGGAAUCGACAAAAGCAAGCUGGGCGGUUGUCACUGUACUCACGGAUACGUCUUCCAACGCUGGCCUCGGUUUUUUCUUAUCAGCAUUGGAAUUUAGACGCAACAAUCCGGGAGUUCGCCUAGAUUUUGUCAAUACGCAAAGCAAUGUCCGCCUCUCGUCUCAAAUAAAUGCAGCCUUGAAAGCAAACCAAGCCAAGCUGAAAGAUAUCAAAACCAUACAAGAGCUGAAGACGCUCAUGCAAGAGGCCACAAAUUACACUGCCAAUGAUGAUUAUGAGGAACUUUUGUCAAAGGUUUUGGCUGUGUCUAAAACGGGAAUAGGUUCUCAAGGUCUGAUAAUGAACGGGCGAGUGAUAGGCCCGAUUGCACCAACAACGCCUUUUGAUUCCGAAGACUUCGAACAAUUGCUAGUUUAUGAGCAGAACCGUCGAAUUUUCCCGGUGUAUGCUGCAGUUGCGGAUUUAGGUCUGAGCGAAAAGCUCUCGACAGCCAUGACGGCUGCCAAAUUGACUUCAAUUAUUGCGCUGUCGACUAUUUCUGAUCUGCCGGAAGGAAUAUUCGAAUCAGCUCCUGCGAUUCGGUCCAACAUAUAUGACUCAUGGAAUGCAAACCAUACAGUAAUACAGACCGGAAAUCCGAAAACAGCAAGCGUCCACAUUGUGGGAUUGUUAGACCCUGUCAGUGAAAAGGCCCAAAGAUGGGCUCACAUUCUUAAGAUGGCCGCAGAGCUUGAUGGCGUCUACAUUAGGCUUUUUUUAAACCCGAGAGAACAUGUUGAAGAACUUCCUGUAAAGCGGUUCUUCCGCUACAUCGUCGAAUCGACCCCAAAGUUUGACGAGACGGGCAGUGUCAAGGCCCCUACAGCAACUUUUGAAGGCCUGCCAUCAGAUGUCUUAAUGACAGUUGGGAUGGAUCUUCCACCAGCUUGGCUGGUCGCACCAAAGCUGUCUGUACAUGAUCUUGACAAUAUUCAACUAAGCUCUGUAGAAUCGGAUGUGGAGGCUACUUAUGAACUGCAGCACAUCCUAAUUGAAGGACAUUCUCGAGAAAACGAGGGAUCAGCCCCCCGAGGUGCUCAACUGGUUCUCGGAACGGAAAAUAACCCUGCCCUAACUGACACUAUUGUCAUGGCAAACCUUGGCUUCUUUCAGUUCAAAGCUAAUCCCGGUGUCUAUAACAUCCAUCUUAAACCCGGAAGGAGUGCAGAUAUAUACACCAUUGAAAGCAUUGGAGCCAAUGGCUGGGAUGCAGUUCCUGGUGACGAAGGCACUGAAUUGGCAUUAAUGGAUUUUCAAGGCACCACAUUGUACCCGCGUCUCAAACGCCGUCCAAAUAUGGAAAAUCAAGAUGUUCUACUGGACACUAGCAGCCAGACUGAAGGCAGCAUUGUUUCCAAGGGUCUGAAACUUGCUGAAGGAUUAUUUGGUGGCGGAAGAAACAAACCCACCAUCAGCCCACGACAUGCGGAGAUAAACAUAUUUUCUGUCGCUAGCGGGCAUCUCUAUGAACGGAUGCUCAAUAUCAUGAUGGUUUCUGUCAUGCGAAACACGAAGCACACUGUCAAGUUCUGGUUCAUAGAGCAGUUUCUUUCGCCGUCUUUUAAAGAGUUUAUACCUCAUUUGGCGAAGGAAUACGGAUUUGAAUAUGAGAUGGUCACAUACAAGUGGCCACACUGGCUCCGACAGCAAAAAGAGAAGCAAAGGGAAAUUUGGGGAUACAAAAUUCUGUUUUUGGACGUUCUCUUCCCGUUAUCGCUUGACAAGGUCAUAUUUGUAGAUGCCGAUCAAAUUGUCCGCACAGAUAUGAUGGAUCUAGUUAAUCUGGAUUUAAACGGCGCACCUUAUGGAUUCACGCCAAUGUGUGAUUCCCGAACAGAGAUGGACGGCUUCCGGUUCUGGAAGCAGGGCUAUUGGGCUAACUAUCUACGUGGGAAGCCAUAUCAUAUUUCUGCCCUCUAUGUCGUGGAUUUACGUCGAUUUCGCGAGAUGGCUGCGGGUGAUCGUCUCCGACAGCAAUACCACGCUCUCUCGGCCGACCCAGCUAGUCUAUCAAAUUUGGAUCAAGACCUGCCGAACCACAUGCAGUUUCAAAUCCCAAUCCACAGCCUACCUCAAGAUUGGCUUUGGUGCGAGACGUGGUGCAGUGAUGAUGACUUUGCAAAAGCUCGAACCAUAGAUCUUUGUAAUAACCCUCAAACUAAAGAGCCGAAACUAGACAGGGCGAAAAGGCAGGUACCUGAAUGGAUGGUAUACGACGAAGAAAUUGCGGCGCUUGACUUGAGGCGGAAACAUCGCGAGUUCGGCCAAUCAAAGGAGCAGAAGGUCGAAAAAGAGACAGAGAGAACAAAUUCAGGAGAUGACGUCGCAGAGAGUGGUCAUUCGAGGGAUGAGCUGUAG